CCUAGACAUUGAAAAACUAAUCAAAAAAUAAACACAACGCGAGCGAUCCCUCGUAAAUUGAACAUGUACUUAGACUGGGACCAGGACACAGCAUGAAUCAGUAUCUGACCGAGUUCGACACCGUCAUGGAGCAGAUUGGCUUCGGCAGAGUCCAUCUGUUUGCCACUCUGACCCUGGGCCUGCUGCAGAUGAUGGCCAUUAUGGAGACAAUGGGCAUUGGCAUUGUUGGACCGGCGGCUGUCUGCGAUCUGCAUAUGAGUCUGAUGCAACUGUCCUCGAUUAUGGCCGCCGGUUUCAUGGGCAUCAUUUGUUCGUCGUACUUCUGGGGCUACAUCACCGAUAAAAUGGGUCGCCGUUGGAUCCUCUUGCGCACCAUUUCGCUGAGCAAUCUCUGCUCGGUCAUAUCCAUGUUCAUGGUUAGCUUCUCCGGCUUCUAUGUGAUGCGCUUCGUCACGGGCAUAUUCGUGGCCGGGCCGAGCUUUGUGGCCGUCACCUACCUCAGCGAGUUCUGCAACAAGCAGAUCAUGGCGCGCGUCGUCACCCACUUGUACAUGUUCACCGGAUUCGCCAUGCUGUACAGUCCGGCGUUGGGCACAUUCUUUAUGGGCACGAGCUACAUGGAGUUCGAGGUGGAGCUGGUGGGGGACCUGACUCUUCGACCCUGGCGUUUGCUUGGCUGCAUGUUUAUGCUGCCCGGAGUGAUUGCGUUCUUCCUGCUGCUCCGCAUGCCGGAGAGUCCAAAGUUCUUGUUCAUGAUUGGCGAGACCGAGAAGGGCAUGGCCGUGAUGGACUGGGUGUGCAGAAAGAACACCGGCCGACCCCUCAACCCCGAGCAGGUGGCGAACAUGCUCAAGUUUCAGGAGAAGGCACAGGUGAAGCGCCAGAGGAACUCCAACAACAUCCUCAGCACGAUGCUCAAUGAUGCCAUGCCACUCUUCCGGAAGCCCUUCGUCGGGUACUUUGUCAGCGGCUGUGCGGUUAUGUUUGUGAUGGGCCUGCUGGCCAACGGACUGGGCAUCUGGUAUACUUCGAUGCGCAAUCGAGCGAAUAUGCGAAUAGGAUCCACGGAGAAUAUGACACUGUGCAGCAUGCUCUUCGAGAAUAACCCCAGCCUAAUGCAGGAGACCGAGGAGGACCUUCUUGUCGUCUGCAACGAUGACCUGCACAGCUUCUACGAUUCGCUCAUUCUGGGUGCCACCUACAUCAUUCUGUACAACAUCUGCUGGAUGCUACUCUUCUAUGUGCCCCGGAAGACCCUGUUGGUCACCUCCUUCAUCAUUGCCUCCACCUGCGGAUUUGCGUUGAUAUUCGUGGCCAACCAUUGGGUUCAGCUGAUGUGCUUGAUAUUCUUGAUUUCAUUUCCGGGCCUCAUCAUUUCACUGAUGGGCGGUGCCCUGCUGGAGUUUGUGCCCACCUACAUACGCGCCAAGGCUCUGUGCAUCAGUCUGAUGUGGUGCCGCUGGGGCGCUGUCAUGGGCACGACCAUCGUUGGAUCAAAUAUUGAGCAACACUGCGAGAUCACUCUACUGGCAAUGGCAAUUAUGCCUCUGUGCUCCGCAAGUCUUGAGGCAUUUUUGCCAUUCUAAACGAUGUGCGCAGGCAGAUAUCUACUACGAUUUGAGACGUACCAAAAGUAAAGAUAAUAAUUAACUGGCUUAUAUGUAUGUCUCGUCUCACAAAGUAAUGUAAUUACACGAAAGAUUACAAGUGAAAAAGGCCCGAAAAGUAGGCAACAAUAUGCGAAUGCGUUCAUUUCCAAUAAAUUCGAGUUUCAAUGCUUCCCCCGCCCUCCUGCUGCUUUUGCUAUUUU